AUGUCAGACAACAACAGCGGAGCAGUAAACAAACCCAACCAGUUUGGAGGAGAUAAAGGAAAGAGCAAGGAAUUCUUAGAUGAGUUAUACCUGUAUUACUCAGGGAAUCCCAAGAAAAUCCAGUCUGAUAAGGACCAAAUCAUCACUGAUACAGAAGAACCCAUCUCCAAAUCAGAUGAUACACCGCUCCAGGGACUUCCCAACUGGGCAGAGUUCAAGAAAUCCUUCAUCCAAACUUUCAGAGAUAUGGACAAGAUGAAGGACUCAUCCAAUGAAGAGGGGAUAGCCAAAGAAUAUAUUCAAGCUAUCCAUUUUGGAGAGAAGGAUUUUUAG